CCACUUUGCAGAUUGCACAUCCCUAAGGCGGUAAUGGCCGAAAGCCGAAAUACGUGAGGCGGAGGUGUUUUCCUGUACAAUUUAUUUCCAAAUUUAGUUUAUAAAACAAGUGUGGUACAAAUCGAACUAAAUUAAAUACAUAUUCUUAGAAUUAGUAAAAAUGUUGGGUUCUGGUGAUAACGGCUACGUGAUAAAAUUACGCGGCUUGCCCUUCUCCACCACGGUGGAAGAUGUCCUCGAUUUUUUGAACGACGUCAACGUGGUAAAUGGAAAAGAGGGUGUCCACUUAACUGAAGUCCGUCCGGGCAGACCAUCAGGAGAAUGCUUUGUGGAGGUGGAGAGUCAGGAAGAUGUGGAGAUGGCACUCAAGAAGGACAAGGAGAACAUGGGGAAGAGAUACAUUGAAGUGUUCUCUACCGAUCGCCAAGACAUGGAGUGGGCGCUAAAUGCAAUGCGUCAAAAUGAGAAUGGCUUUGAGGGCAUACCCAAUGUCACCAAUGACAUGGGUAUUGUCAAGCUCAGAGGCCUGCCAUUUGGCUGCUCCAAAGAGGAGAUUAUACAGUUCUUUGACGGGAUCGCCGUCGCUCCGGACGGGGUUCACUUGCUCUCGGACCACACGGGGCGGGCAUCGGGAGAGGCGUUCGUUCACUUCGUUGACAAGGAGAGCGCUCAGGAAGCUCUCAACAGAGACAGGGAGAAGAUAGGACACAGGUACAUCGAGGUGUUCGUGAGCUCCGCGGAGGAGGUGCGCGCGUACGCGGCGCGCUCGGAGGCGCCGCGGCCGCGCAGCGCGCGCCCCACGCCCUACGAGCGCGCCGACCGCGCCGACCGCUUCACCUCGCGCUUCGGCCGCGGCCGCGGCGCCGGCUUCGGCAGGGGCGGCAGUGGCGGUGGUGGCUACGGCGGCGGUCGCGGCGGGUUCCGUCGCGGCGGGGCGGGUGCCGGCGGCGCGGGGUCGGGCGGGGCGGGGGGGUGCCACUGCGUGCACAUGCGCGGGCUGCCCUUCAAGGCCUCUCCGCAAGACAUCGCAUAUUUCUUCAAGCCAAUCCGUCCGGCGAACAUAAACAUCUUGUACGACAACAGCGGCCGUCCCUCCGGCGAGGCGGACGUAGAGUUCGAGUGUCACGAGGACGCCAUGAGGGCAAUGCGAAGGGACAAGAACAACAUGGAUCACCGUUACAUCGAGCUGUUUCUGAACUCGUCGCCGAGUGGUGGCGGUUUCAAGGGCAACAGAAACUUCCGCAACUACUGACCGUUCCCGUUUGUACUCAGCGUGUCAGGGGACCGAGCAGCGAUGGUGACGCGGACAAAUGGACCUAGGGACGCCAUACACAAAAUUAUAUAACAAGACAAAUAUCAGAAGAGUUGUAAAGACAUACGUGCGUUAAUGUAUCCAAAAAAAUUACAUAUUGUUUGGAUUGUAUAGGAUGGUGGUGCCGGCGCCAUUGUCCGUAAAAAUAUGACGUAGUGCUGCAUUAUGGCCGCUAUCCUAGCAAAUCCAAGGCAGUGUAGCCACAGAGUAUAAGUCACAUUGUGUUUAUGGUAGUGGCUGCACGAGCGAGAGGCCUGGCGUGCCCUGUCAUGUGGCGUCUUUUAGAUUUAUUUAUCUGUUGAUGAAAGCAUGGACACAUUCUAUACCAACUCACUAACCAGUACGGAGUUCGAUAUUCAAAUAAAAUUUUAUUCCGGUAAUAUUAUUUUUAUGUUUUAUUGAUGCGGGACAUUUUCUUCUCUGUAUUUAACGCGGGUGUUUCCUUAUUUUUUAUCUGUGCUUCAGAAGACUAGGCAGUGCAUGCCUAUAUAUUUAGUCCGCCUUUAAAUUUAUGUGUAAUUUAUGAACAAUAACAAGAAUGAAAUGUUUUCGCCAUUUAAUGAAUUCGGUAAGGGAAGAUAUAUGUGUAUUCGUGAUAUUUAAACGUGUGUAGGUGGUCGCGUCCCUAGUAAUUUAAUCAUAUUCGUAUUAGGUUUUAAAAGUUGAUUAUUUUAUUUGUAUGUUUAAUUCACUUAUAUAAUGAUAUUUGAAAAUAUUGAAAAUUGUCGCAUGAAGUGUUUGUUCUGUGUUGAUGUGUCUGCGAGGUUUCGAAGAAAUAUCUAUUUCGAAAUUAUGGCAUUUCGAUUUUAAAAUGUGAAGAGUUGGUAUCGAAUGUGUCAUGUCACCGAAGUGUACUUUGAAAUUUAUUUAUAUGUUCAAUGGAAAUUUUAAACACGCAAGUUAGUCCAAUUGAGCAAGCAAAGCAUCGAAUUGUAAACCUUCGGAUAUCUGGUACAUGCGGUGAUUGCACAGUGGUGGCCUGCGCCGCAUGAAAGACCCCUUCAAGUGACCAAUUUGCAGAUUGUAAUGUAACCCACAUGAUUUAGAUGGCUUGCAAAUGCUCUCAACUUAUAUGAGAAGAUUGAUCCGUCAAUACUUGAAGUGCUGUGUACUAGCAAAACGUAGUUCAAACCUCUGAAAUAUAAUAAAGUCGAAAGUGCCCUUUAUAGUAACGGCCGAAAUCAAUAAGCGGUAUCGCUAUCUUCGUCUGUAAGCAUGUCACGCAAACUAGAAUGUGAUUGGUCCAUUUCAGGGGUCGAUCUAAAGAUAUAUCUAUUAGUAUCGCUAAAGAAAAUCUGCCGUAAGCAGACAGAUCGAACAUUGAUAUUUUACUUGCAUGGCACUGCACAAACUUACUAUUAGUUGGCCCUUGAUGAAAAUAGCGUCCUGCUAACAUCUUAUAUUUUUUUAUAAAUAGAAAUUUCUAGAGUAUUAAAAAAUAUGUUGUGUCAAUAAUCUGUCAACAUAAUAUAGUUGUCUUAGAGUAACUGGUGAAGUUUUAAUAGUAUAUCAUAGUGUGCUUCCCUAGCCAUUAGUGAGGUAAAUUUGGGAGUAUACUUUACGUAUUAAAACUGAUUAUUGUAAUAUAUCUCCCAUCUUAAAACGUAGCUGAAUUAGUAUGUACUAUUAUUAUUGUGUUGGAACGUGUAGUUAUAUUAAUAAUAUGAUUACUUUGAGUUUUGGUAAAUGGCGGGCAAUUCUCAUAAAAAUGUUACCUACUUAAAGUUAAUAAUUAGGUGAUGGUGCACCUUAGUUGCAUAGCUUAGGCCCCACAGGUAUAAAGCCUAGAGUCUAGACUAGCAUCCAUUUGGAAGCCGACGCUGUGCAGUGACCGCCCGCUACAUAGUAUUACAAUAGUUCAUGUUAACUCCAAAUCUACCUCCACGUAUAAAUUAUAUGUAAAAGAGAUGAAACACUGGUUUAUAAUAAACUUUUUCAUAUUCUA